AUGGGCCGCCUGGUGACGCUAGCAACGUGCUCGCUCAACCAGUGGGUCCUUGACUGGACGGGCAAUGCCGACCGAAUCAUCGAGAGUGUGCGAAGAGCAAAAGCAGCCGGAGCAACGCUUCGCGUUGGCCCCGAGCUCGAAAUCACCGGUUAUGGAUGCCUUGACCACUUCCUCGAGUCAGAUACGUUCCUGCACUCGUGGGAGAUGCUUGCCAGGAUCAUCGAGCACCCAGAUUGUCAGGAUAUCAUAGUUGAUGUUGGCAUGCCAGUCCGACAUCGCAACUGUCGAUACAACGCACGAGUCAUCUUCUACAAUAAAAAGAUCAUCCUCAUCAGGCCAAAGUCCUCCCUGGCGAAUGACGGCAACUACCGAGAGAUGCGUUACUUUACACCUUGGCUGAAGGAGCGCUAUACAGAGGACUACUAUCUCGAAUCAGUGGUAUCAGACAUCACUGGCCAACUAAUAGUGCCAUUUGGUGAUGCUAUUAUCUCAACACGGGACACAUGCUUUGCUGCAGAGACAUGCGAGGAGCUCUUCACACCCAACCCACCACAUAUCUCGCUUGGCCUCGACGGAUGUGAGAUAUUCACCAACAGCAGCGGAUCACAUUUCGAGAUUCGCAAAAUCCUACGCCGCCUGACGCUGAUCAGGGAAGCAACACAACAGAACAAGGGCAUCUACCUAUACGCAAAUCAACAAGGCUGUGAUGUCGUAGCCCAGGGCUCUCAAUUCAGCUUGAACGACGUCGAAGUUGUCACUGCCACGAUCGAUCUCGAAGAAGUCCGCGCCGCUAGGUUUGCACCCUCCCGAGGCAUGCAGGCCCAGAAGCAAGAACCCUAUCCACGCCUCAAUAUCAACGUCGCCCUUUCACAGCCCAAAGCAGGCCCAUCACCAAUGGACAUCGGACCCUCCCCCGAAAUCGAGCUCCGAUCCUCCACUCCACCCGAAGAAAUCGCCCAAUGCUGCGCAAUGUGGCUCUGGGACUACCUCCGCCGCUGCGGUGGCGCAGCAGGCUACUUCAUCGCCCUUUCCGGCGGCAUCGACUCAUGCGCCACCGCCACCCUCGUCUUCAGCAUGUGCCGCAUGGUCCACAGCGCCAUCCACUCCUCAUCCACCGACCCGACCACACGCGCCCAAGUCAUCGCCGACUGCCGCCGCGUCUGCGAUCAGGCGGACGAUGCUGAUUGGCUUCCUAACUCGCCUCAAGAUAUCUGCAGUCGCAUCUUUCACACCUCCUUCAUGGGCACCGUGAACUCCUCCACCGAAACCCGCACCCGCGCCAAACACCUCGCCAACGCAAUCGGCGCAUAUCACAUCGACUGCGACAUCGACAGCAUCGUCUCCGCGCUGACCACCUUCUUCACCACCGUAACCCGCUUCACUCCGCGCUUCAAGCAGCACGGCGGCUCACCCACCCUUCUCGCGCUGCAAAAUAUCCAAGCCAGGCUCCGCAUGGUAGUAUCGUACUUCUUCGCGCAACUCCUCCCUACCGUCCGACAGCGCAAAUCCGGCGGCGGACUCUUAGUUCUUGGCUCCGCGAACGUCGAUGAGCAGUUACGGGGGUACCUGACCAAAUACGACUGCUCGAGUGCGGACAUCAACCCGAUCGGGGGCAUCUCCAAGACCGAUUUGAAGGCUUUCAUCGCGUACGCCGAGGAGGCCUUUGAGUUGCCCAUCCUGCGGGAGUUCCUGGACGCGACGCCUACGGCUGAGUUGGAGCUAUAA